GGUGAGCUUGUGUUUCUCAUUUUCCUAGAACCGGGCGCACGCGCUAGUUGGCGCCAUCAGGCUCGUUGAUCCUUGACAACGGGAGUAUGUUUGAUUUGUUCGUACAGCAUCGGUGUCAUCGGUGUAAUAUCGUGUAUUGAUUUCGUAUUCGGCUGACGCAGAUUUAUUAUUCCUCUAACCGGUUUCGAACGUGAUGUCAUUGUCGCGGCAUAAGAAAUUCAAUGUAAAGACAUGUAUUCCCGUGUUUACUUUGUUGACGAGACCACGUGGGUCCUUGAAAUGUUACACUGCAUGUGUUGUCAUUGUACUUUAACGUAUUCCUAUGAUUUUACUCCAGUGUAGGCUCUAACUUCACGCUCGUCGAGCUGUUCAAAAUUCAAACGUUAUCAUCGUCACAUCUCGUACAUAUUCACGCUACAUUUUCCUUUGCACUUUAUUAGACUUUGCUAUUGACGAUUAUGCCGCCGGUGUUACCGCACAUUUGUCAAACGCUUGUCACUCGUGAUAAAUAUUUCAUCACGUGGUCUAAUGAUUAUCGGGGAAAUUAAUUUUGUAAUAUAAAAAAUAUAAUGUGUCAAAGUACACGUGAGUUUAUCGUAUGAUCUUCGACGCCUUUGAAAUUAAAAUCACAUAUUUUAUCUUUCGCCCUACACGUGUCAUAUCUACAUUUGUCUGAAUAGGUCUCGUUUCUCUUGGCGCAUAAAACUCGUCGAAUCAACACGGAAGAUUGACAACUAUUUUAAGCAACACGUGUCUACGAAUGUGUUUCGGAUCCAAUGAUUUCACGAAUAUCCAUAAUGUAUCUAAAAAUAACGCGCCGAUCGCGCGAAUCUUUAUAAUAUUAUCGCAAAUUUGUUGUGUAAUUACAACAUUACAAUACAAUUGUGUAAUUACAACAUUACAUUACAAUUUUAAUACAUGGAUAAUAACGAUAUUGACAAGGAUAAGUUUCGUCUUACUCCGAUACAAUAUCAUUGAAAUAGAUCGCGAAACGAUUUUUUUUUUCUCUUUAUGCUCUUUUAAAUUUUCGAAGGAGCGAGCACAUCUAGCGCAGCGAAACGUAAAAUGAGCCGCCGCAUUAUCAAGGGAAUUCUAUUCGAUUAAGAUUUAUUCGAGACCUUGGUGAUAAUGGUCCCGUAAUUCACGGAAGCUCUAUAAUUCAAGCGGUAAAGAUCAUACAUAACCGCUCUUAACGAAAGACUAGUCCACGUUAUCGUGAACGUGAACGUGCGUUUGGUCGAAUGCUGUCUUCGUGAGUAUUAAUUUUUUGCAACCAAGUUGACGUAAACGUUGCGAACGUUUUUUUGCGCGCUGCUCGUACGUCGAACUCUCUCGUGACAUUCUGCUUACGUCAUGUUCGUUAAUCCGAUAGAUCGAUAGCGGUCAGGCGAUAAACUGAAAAAAAAGCACAAUGCUAGAUCAUAUUAAUCAAACGGUCUAGGUGAAAAAUGAGGAUAAUUCGCGACAGAGUACGUGCUUCCCUAUGGGACCAUGGAGGAUGAAAUGUGACGGUUAACACACGGUCCCCGUGACCAGUGUGCGUAUUGCACUAUGGAUUAGAAUCAUCACGUCAGGUCAAGUGGUUAAAUUAUCCUGGUUGAUGCUUUGCACCUUCCAAUUGAUAUUAAUGGAGCCUUCGUUCAGAAGCGACUUUGCUGUCUCGAAGAAUAUUCUGGUGACGUUUCGCGGUGUCUUUUCCCUCUGGUAAUCGACCGUGAAAAAUCUAUCACGAAUUGAAUCCCAACUUAAACGAUCGUUGAUCGAAUCAACCGAUCCGUCGGAGAGAAAGACCAUUGACGCUCGAAAUCAAAAGCGGAAUAAUUGAGUUUGCUUUUAUACGGUUACAGCGGAUCCUAACGAUUAGGUGCAAUUUACAACGGGUACAUAGUAAUUUGUUCGUACGUACGCUACGAGUACGUACGUUUCGUUACUUGUUCUUGUAUAUAUCUUUUUUUUGUUGUAUCUACUAUUCAAAGUUAUUGGGCGCUUUUCAUUCGUUAUAACUUUCUACGUACAAUUUCCCUCUAUCUACUCGCGAACAAUUAUACUUAACGUCGGGGAAUUGUUACGGAAAGGACUUAACAGGUAAUAAAAGUAAUAUAUGUCAGUGGUAUGCGAAGAACGAGGCACGUAGCUCGGCGGAUCUUGCUUGUCAAACGGGUUCUUCAACUUUUAUAUCCUUAAUGUCGACGCCGAAACUGAAAUUUAUCCUCUGUUCCGAGUUGUACCGACUGCUUUAUUCGCUCAAGAAGUAGAUCUUGAUUUUCUUCAGUGUUCAUGACAACUGGACGACAUAAGGCGGAUAAUAUUUUCGAAUUGAAUUAUCCUUUUAAGUUCAAUGAACUGCUCAAUCGAUUCAAAUGAUCAGUUUAUGCACAAGACUGUACUUGAAAUACGUGCGCGCAGACGCGACGCGUGUAUUCCAAUUUUAUAUACGCGUGUAUUCAUUGCGUACCGACGACAUGCAGCUCCAAAUACACCCAACACAUGAGACGUUCACGCUCAUAAAUCGCGGCGUGUGAUUAUGUACGAUGUAUCUCGCCGAAUCUGAAGGAUGUCGCAGCUUCGAUAGAGUGUGAUCAGUGAACGGUGAAUGUAAGAUACUGUUUUUCCUUGACGAACUUCCCUCGAAAUUUGUAUCCAGUGUUACUUGUCUGUCACUGUUGCAACACAUUUGCAGGUUCACACGAUUGACUCCUCGUUAUCUUUCGGGUUUUUCAUUCGGUCGAUAUUUGUCUGUAAGAGUAAAAUACUUUUAAGAGCUAACGUGAACAUAUUUAUCGUGAAACUGUCGGAAAGAAUGCUCGCACAAGUUACAUCACGUAUUUGUAUAUUCCCUCUUUAUCAAUUAACGAGAUAAUGUUACGAUAGUUGAUGACCUGCAGAGCAACGGCUGUCUGCCUUGUCUGCAACGAUCGUGUCUUUUCUAUAAAUUUUAGACACACUUCCUUUUCCUUCUUUUAUCGAGGCCGACGUUGUUGCACAGAUGCACUAUAUAAUAACGUUUGCUCGUUAAAAUUCCUCAACGUUGGCCAAAUUAUCGAUCGACUCUGAUCUUCAUAUUCAAAACAUUUUUACUACGACCCACUUAUUCUUAGCACGUGAGAUACGGAUUAAUGAUUUGUCGGUUAUCUGUAUUAUUAAUUAAUUUAAGCAACGUGAUCGAACGACGUGGAAGUAAUCCAUUAUCUGCGUCAGAAUUAACAGAAGACGGGACGAUGUUAUAAUCCAUGCGACUCGAUUACGAGUUAUCAAAUGUUAUAAAAUAUCGUGGACUUUCAACUUUAAUAGUAACACGCUAUUAUCUCGCCGAAUGUCGAGGGGCAGUGGAGAAGGAGGGAAAAUAAAUAAGCGUGUAACAGUAAACGGGGUGAUCUUUUUAACUUGACUUCAGAACGUCUCUCGUGCUCGUGGAGAACCACGCGACAAUCCGUCUUGCGGCGUACACUUUAUCAACCAUCGCGAGAAAUUCAUUCAAGUUCUCUAGCCUUCUGCGAGUCUUCUCAUUCAAAAACCUUUAUUUAACAAUAAUAUUCGCGACAAUCAGAUAAAUAAGAUCUCUCAGACAUGGUCGUCCCUACGGAACAUGCUCUUAAUGAGGCGAUACAAGUAGCCCCGUUGGUACUUUCAGACGAUGUGAAGAGACAGAAGAUCGAACAAAGAUUGGCACGUUUGCAAUUUUCGGCCGCUACUGUCAGGAAGAUCCAGGAUGUUUUCGUGUCGGAGAUGAAUAAGGGAAUUCAUCAGCAGCCGUCAUCGCUGCAGAUGGAGAAUACUUACGUACCGGAGCUUCUCGAUGGCACAGAGGAGGGUUUGUAUUUGGCGCUGGACCUUGGAGGCACGAAUUUUCGAGUACUUCUUUUAGAGUUGGCUCAUGGUACACCUAUACGCGAAAAGGUGAAGAAAUACCACAUUAGCUCUGAUUUGAGAGUAGGCUCGGGGAUUCGUCUGUUUGAUUACCUAGCGGAAUGCGUCAGUGAUUUCGUCAUUGCACACGGUCUUCAGGAUGUAGAGCUUCCUCUUGGAUUUACCUUCUCCUUUCCGAUGAUUCAACAUUCGUUGGAUAUUGGAAUAUUGGUAACUUGGACUAAAACUUUCAAUUGUCCCGAUGUUGUCAACGAAGAUGCCGUGAAGCUGCUUCGCGAAGCUUUGGAUCGUCGAGGAGACACUAAAGUAAAAGUCAUGGCGAUCCUAAAUGACACGACAGGAACGUUGGUGCAAGGAUCAACGUUGGACCACGAUAUUGCCAUCGGACUUAUCUUAGGUACCGGUAGCAAUGCCUGUUAUCUUGAACGAGCCGAUAGAGUCGAGCAUUGGGAGACUGAGAGACACGGAGAACGCGAAGUUAUCAUCGAUAUUGAAUGGGGUGCAUUUGGAGACAACGGUGUCCUGGACUUCAUCAAAACGGAUUACGAUCGUGAAAACGACGCGAAUUCACUUAUUGUAAAUUCGUUUACGUUCGAAAAGUACAUCAGUGGAAAAUACCUGGGUGAGAUUGUGCGAGUGGUACUCGCAAAGUUAACUAAGGAAGGUCUUCUAUUUAUAGGGGAUCACACGCCCGGAUCUCUUUUAGUUCCGGGCAAUCUCACCAGCGAUUUAGUAUCUGAUAUUGAACAAGACUCUGUGGACGGUGGUGAUAGUAAUACGAAAGAAAUUCUGAUGAAGUUUGGUAUUGUUCCGGACGAAGAAGAUAUCAAAAUCGUACAAUAUGUUUGUGAAGUAGUGUCCAAUCGUGCAGCUCUUCUCGUUUCAAUUUGUCUAGCAGUUCUGUUGAAACGAAUCGACAAGAAGAAUGUCACAAUUGCUGUAGAUGGAUCUCUUUACAAGCACCACCCUAGACUAGAGACAUGGAUUAAACAAUAUAUUCCACUAUUAGCUCCUGAUCAUAAAUUCAAGAUGAUUCACGCUGAGGACGGAAGUGGAAAGGGUGCUGCACUAGUUGCUGCGAUUGCACAAAGACUUCACGAAAGAUUAGGCUAGUAGUAGGUAAAAGUUUCAAGUACGCUGGCGUAUAAGUUUCUUGUUAGUGGUGUGAACGAUUUGCAUCAGAUCUCUAGUUGAGCAAUUGUUCAGAGUAUAGUAUAACUUUAACGGCCAUGUACAGUCACAUUCCCUAUCUUAAUAACGUCAUCAUUCACAUUUUUAAUCUUCCACAUUCGAAGAUGUUGCAUAUAUUUUCGUUUAUAUUUUUAAUAUGGUUGCAUACAACUUGUUAUAUCGAUGGUGUUGUAAUUGAAGGCGUUUCGUCGUCAUUCGCUUCAUAUCACAGUGGUGAUAUUCGGGGGAGGAGUUUAUGUAUUGUAUAUUUUUACAAAGAAAACCUUUAGAAAGCAUACGAUUCCUAAAAGGAAUGUAAAAUGUCAUUUUAUCACAUGUCUUCGAAUGUUUGUGUACUUUGCUUAGAAUGCUACAUUCUACAGCGUUUUUGGAAGCUAUGUAUCUUCCUGAAUGCUUAUGUUUGAAUAUAUCGUAGAGUUUAUCUUUCUUACAUUGUUUAAAACAUUCGUGUCGUUAUUUGUUUCUUUUUAUCGUCUUUUACGCAAGGUAAAAGAAAUUAAUUGAAUCUUACCUGUUGGAGAUAUUUCUCGCAAUUUAGGAAAUGAAAUAACGUCGCACUGGUCGACAUUAAACAUUUUGACGAAAGUUUCAGAGUUCAAUAACUUUUAUAGGAAGCAUUAUCUCAAACUCUUUUGAAAACGCAUACAACGUAAAGUCGUUGGAAAUGAACCACUUAGUACAUGAC